UUUCACCCCGUCUCCCGCCAGUUUUGCUCCGCCUUUAGGACUCCGCUCCCUUGAGAUCCCCUCCCUCCCAUCCCAUCCCAUCGAUCCUCUCAUCUCAUCUGCCCACCCGCAAGCCAUUCCGCCGCCGCUCGUGACUGGGAAGAUGAUGCCAUUGAGCCAACCCGACUUCUCGCCGUCGCAGUUCACCGCCUCCCAGAAUGCCGCCGCCGACUCCACCACGCCUUCCAAGAUGCGCGGGGCGUCCAGCACCAUGCCGCUCACCGUCAAGCAGGUCGUCGACGCUCAGCAGUCUGGCACCGGCGAGAAGGGCGCUCCGUUCGUCGUGGAUGGCGUCGAGAUGGCUAACAUUCGACUUGUGGGGAUGGUCAACGGCAAGGUGGAGCGGACGACCGAUGUCACAUUCACGCUCGAUGACGGCACCGGCCGCCUCGAUUUCAUCAGAUGGGUGAAUGAUGCUUCAGAUUCUUCUGAAACUGCUGCUGUUCAAAAUGGUAUGUACGUCGCGGUCAUUGGAAGCCUCAAGGGACUUCAAGAGAGGAAGCGUGCUACUGCUUUCUCAAUCAGGCCUAUAACUGAUUUCAAUGAGGUUACGCUGCAUUUCAUUCAGUGUGUUCGGAUGCAUAUAGAGAACACGAAAUUAAAGGCUGGCAGUCCUGCACGAACCAGUUCUUCUAUGGGAGUGUCAGUCUCAAAUGGAUUCAGUGAAUCAAGCACACCAACAUCUUUGAAAUCAAAUCCAGCACCAUUGACCGGUGGAGGAAGUGGAUCUGAUACUGAUUUGAACAAGCAGGUGCUGCAUUUUUUUAGUGAACCAGCGAACCUUGAGAGUGAGCACGGGGUGCAUGUUGAUGAAGUAUACAAGCAGUUCAAACAACUGCCAAAGGAUAAGAUCAAGGAGGCUAUUGCUUUCCAUGUGGACGCCGGGCAUCUUUACUCAACAAUUGAUGACUUCCACUUCAAGUCAGCUUUAACCGAUUGAAGUUGUAGCCGAAAUAAAGUGCAGUCAGCCUGCUCGAAUGGCAGAGGACUAAGUAUCACUUGACAGAACUGAUUCUGCCUCCCUGUACUAACCAAAGUCUGAAAAGGGAGGGAAUUUUGCUGGUGUUGAACCUAUCUAUGAUGGUCCUCAAUGUAUGGGUUAUGGAAAUAUCAUGUUGCGUCAACUAGUUGAUUUGCAUCAUCUGAUGAAGUUAUGUCAAGGAAGACUUUUGAUGGUGUUAGACCUAUCUUAGGUCCUAUAUGCAUGGGCUAUGGAAAUAUUAUAUCUUGUGUCAACUAGUUGAUUUUCAUCAUCUGAUGAAGUUGUGCCAAUGAAGAUGAGUAGGAACUCUUCGUCUCAGUAGUGACAAAUCGAUAUGGUGUGGUAUGUUGUCAUCAUUGUGUAGUCCUUUUGCCAGUAUGAUGUGCUAUUUUGUUGAUGAGAUUA